UAAACUUUUUUUUUUUUUUUAAGCUUUCUUUUCCUAAUAAAACAAAAACCCCACGAGUUGUUUGUGUCCUUCUCUUCAACGAAAGCGAAGACGUUUCUCUCACUCACAACUUACUGUGUUGGGAUAAUGGAGAGCGCAGCUGCAAAUCAACUUCCUGAAGCUGAUUCGUUGCCAGAUGGGUUUGUUGAUAGCUCCACAGAAGCAUUAGCUCCUUCAAUGCCAGCUUUGGAACAAGAAAAGUCACAUGGUGAUUACAAGGAUGAGGGUUUUGUGGAAUUGGAUAAUUCUAAUGAAUCAACACAUGAUUUGGCAUCAGAAGAGUUUCAAACAAGCAAGGGUAGGACUGAGAAGACUCAGAAACUGAGAACUUUUCCUGUUCCAUUAUCUGAAAUAGAUAAUUUUGAUGCUUCAGUGGACUUAAUAAAAAUGCACAAUAAGGAUACAGUGGAGCAGACAGAUGUUAUGCCAUCCAUGCCUACAUCAGUAGCUUCAGUUUCAGAAGCUUCAGCUGGGGUACCUGGAUGCAGCGAGGUAAAAGGCCAAGUUCAAGGGGAAUGUCAAAAUACAGAGAGAUCUAUUGAAGGAGGAUCAAAUGUGCAGGGGAACCUUACAAAGGAGUUAUCCGCGUCAGAUAAUAAUGAUUCUCUGAAAAGCAGAAAACCAGAAAACACAGAAACGAAACGUAAGAGUUCAAAGCGCACUUUCAAAUCCGAAACUGAGUUUCUUGAAUUCACUCUGAGAUAUCAACAAGUUAUUGCUGAAAGAGAUGCAGCUAUUGCUAUUAGAGAUAAGCUAGAGUCUCUUUGUAGAGAGUUACAACGUCAGAACAAGAUGCUAAUGGAUGAGUGCAAGCGGGUCUCAACAGAGGGGCAGAACUUGAGACUAGAUCUGUCAGCCAAGUUUCAAGAUGCAAUCAAGGAUGUUAGCAUUAAGCUGGAAGAGCAAAAGGAUGAGUGUCUUACUCAGCUAAAGGAGAAUGAGAUGUUAAGAAAUAAUCUGAAGCAGCUAGCUGAUCAAUAUGCCCUUACCGAACAACAGUUUGGACAGAAGUUAAAGCAGAAAACCCUUGAACUUCAGCUUGCUGAAUUAAAAAUUAAGCAGCAUGAGGAGAAACUAGUUCAGGAGCAGUCCCAAAUGAAAUUAUAUGCUGAACAGGUGUCCCAAUUACUAUCUACUGAAAAGAAUUUGCGUUUGCAGUUGACAGCUGAUGGAGAAAAAUUUCAGCAAUUCCAGGAUGCAUUGUUGAAGAGCAAUGAGGUCUUUGAAACAUUUAAGCAGGAGAUUGAAAAGAUGGCAAAAUCAAUCAAGGAACUCAAGAAGGAAAACGUAUUCUUGAAGAGCAAAUGCGAGAAAUCAGAUGUUACACUUAUAGAACUUGUUGAAGAGCGUGAGAGAUUGAAGAAACAAUUGGAAAAAUCCAAGAAUCAGAAAGAAAAACUUGAAUCAUUGUGCCGGUCACUUCAGGCAGAAAGGAAGCAAAAUAUGGCUGGAAGCAGCAGUUCUGAUUCAGUUCCAGUAGAAAUCCCAAUGGAUGAGAAAUCUUACAGUGGAUCUUGUAACCACCAUUAAGAAUUAUGUACCAUAUUUUGUCGUUUCUAUGACUUGCGCGUUGAGAGGAAUCAUGGGAGAUGUGUAAUUUGUUUGAAUAGAAUGCAUUCUUCAGCAAUCACUGUAUUCUGCUGCAUACUAUAUUUGCUACUUCACUUUUACUAUCCUUGAAAGAGGACUUUAGGCAUGGAUUAUGUUGUUAAAUAACAAAGCCAGCCAUGCCUGGCUGGCCUGAAAAGCACGGUUGAAAGCUCCCUUUUGCA